AUGGAAACAUUACCUAAUGAAAUUCUUCUUCAUAUAUUUUCUUAUUUUGAAUGGUUCGAUAUGUUAACUUCUUUCUGGCCAUUAAAUAUUCGCUUUAAUUCUCUUGUAUGUUCAACUCUUUCGAUAAAUGACAAUCGAUUGAACAGUGCUCUUAUUAUUACACAUGGUUUAUCAUAUAAUAAAUGCUGUUCAAUAUUAUUUCCAUUAAUUUUCAAUUCAUCAUCUCUUUGUUCUUCUAAUCAACGUAUUCAUUUCGAUGGAACAAAUUCAAUUGCUUGUGAUCUUAGUUAUGAAUGGUUGUUUAAUGACAAGAAAAUUCUUCGUUUUCCUAAUCUAAAAACACUUAUUCUUACUCGAUGUGGAUCAAUUGAACCAGUAGUUCAAUGUUUAUCUUAUCUUAUUAAACAUCAAUUGGAUGAACUUACAUUGACAUUUGAUGGACAUGUAUUCAAACGGUUUCAUUAUAUAGAAAAAUAUCUGUCAGUGGCUUCUGAUAAAGGUAACCAACCAUUUACUCGAUAG